AUGAAAGAAGGAAUUUUCGAUGAUUUCAAUGACAAAGAAUAAAUAUUGGAAUUUACGAAAGGAAAAUAAACAUACAUUAGAGAUAUGGGAACAGUUACAGAUUAUAAAGUAAAAAAUUAAGGAACAACUACUAAAAAAGAAUGUUAGGAUUUUGAAGUACUAUUCUUUAUAUUCAGCAAUAAAUAGACUAAAACGAAUUACAAUAAACAAAAGGAAAGCUUUAUAUUAUGUAAUUCGAUUAAAAUAAAUUGUCCCAAUUCUUAAAAAGAGUAUUGCCAACAGUUAUCAAAGAAUUAGAUGAAUCAUUAAAUUUGAAAAAAUAUCAUAGUAACAAUAAAUUUUAUAUUCAUUUAGGUUACAAACCAAUUUCUGAAGUUUAAAAGAAAGAAACUGAAUUAGUUUACAUUCUAACAAAUACUUAAAAUAAAUCAAUAGAAUUGGAAAAGAAAUUAGAAAUUACUGAUAUAUAAUGGAAUUCUAAUGGAUUGAUGAUAGCUGCAUCUUAUGGUUGUUUAGAACAUAUGGGUUAAUGUUCUCAUACAUCUUACAUUAAUUGUUGGAACAUUUUUAAAAGAGAUUUCAAACCUGAUAAACCAACAACAGUAAUAGAGACAAAUACAUGUAAUAUGUGUAUGUAAUUUCAUCCAACCAAACCAAAUAUUUUAGCAGUUGGUAGUUUUAAUGGAGAAUUAUAUCUUUAUGAUAUCUCAACAAAUUCUGAAUUAGCUCAUUCAACUAUUGAUGAGUAUUAUCAUAGAGAAAGUAUAACUGCUGUUCUAUGGUUAUAAGAUGAGUCAGUAUAAAAUACAUAAUUAUGUAGAUCAUGACAUUAGGUUGUGAAGGCAAAGUAUUAAUAUGGAAUCCAGAAAGGGGAAAUGCUGAAUUUAGUUUAUAAAACCCAUUGAAAGGUUGUUAUUUGGUAAGAAAAAAGGAAUCUCAAACUGAAAGUGUAGGAGGAGUUUGUAUUUCUUAAUCAAAUGAAGAUCCUUUUUCUUUUAUAGUUGGGAGUGAAGGAGGUUCAGUUUUAAGAGCCUAGAUUACUCCAAUCAAUUAUACAAUGACUAAAUAAGCAUAUUUAGAUUCUAGAGGUAAUUAUUUAUUACAUUUGAAAAAGAUAAAGGACUUAUUUGGAAAGAGGAAACAAUAUUAUUUAUGUAGAAUUUAAAUUAAAAAUGUUUACCAGAAAUAAAAUUGCAUGUAGAAAAUUAUUGCAAAGAAAGAAAAAUUAACAAUAUAUUUAUCUAAUAACUUGUCAAUUCUAAACCAGAUAUAAGAAAAAUGUAUGCCAAUCCUAUAAACUAUGCCUAUGAAGCUCAUUAUGGAACAGUUUACUGUAUUAAUUUUUCUCCAUUUGUAAAAUCUGCAUUCAUUACAGCUUCAAUGGAUGGAUAAAUUAGAUUAUAUUUAUAAAAUACAGCUAGAUGUUUGGCUGUCUAUGAAUACAUUUAAACUUAUAUUUUAUCUGCUUAAUUUUCUCCCACUAGACCUUGUGUUUUUGCUGCAUGUGAUAGUUUAGGAUAAAUUCUAAUUUUUGAUUUAACUUAAGAUACAUAAUAAUAAGUAAAAUAUAAUUUAUAUUUAUAGGUAGUUACACUUAAAAAUGAUGGUUAGAGUGCUUCUUGUUUAAGAUUUAAUUAAAGAUAAUAAGAUUUAUUGGCUUGUUCAUAUCAAGGAUGUGAGGUGAGAAUAUAUUAAUUAAAUGAUGAAUUAACAUAACCAAAAGAUAAUGAAUUGAAAGAGCUUUAAUAAUUAUUAAGUUGA